AUAUUGAUAAUAAUUUGUUAAAGCCAAACUUGAGUUGAGUCGUAAAUGAAUUUAUCGUGAAAAUUAUCCACGUGAAUUAACUAUUUAUGAAGAAUGGCCGAUAGGGCUAUAAAGUUGCUUAUCAUUGGCGAGAGUGGUGUUGGCAAAUCUAGCCUCAUACGACGCUUCGUUGAGAACAAGUUCGAUGAGAAUCAUGACGUCACAAUUGGCAUGGACUUCAAGAGUAAAGUGAUGAACGUGGAUGGGAUCGAUUACAAAGUGGCGCUCUGGGACACAGCUGGUGCCGAGAGAUUUCGGAGCCUUACGCCAAGUUUUUAUCGCAAGGCGCUUGGCGCUAUCCUCGUCUAUGACAUAACGAAUAGAGAUUCCCUAGUCAAACUGGAGGCUUGGCUGGCAGAGCUGGAUAGCUACAGUGAUAACCCCAACAUUGCCAUUAUAGUGGUGGGCAAUAAAAUUGACAAAGACCGUGUUGUGGACCGGGAGGAGGGGCGCAAAUUUGCCAGAAAACACCGAGCGCUCUUCAUUGAGACAUCGGCCAAAUGCGAUCAGUUUGUCAGCGAUGUGUUCAAGGAGAUUGUCGAAAAAAUCGUUUCUUCAGAGUACUUCGGCAAUGGCGGUGGCGCAGAUAGUCUGGAUAUAGCCAAUGGCAAUGAUAACACAGCUCCAUCAACGUGUAGCUGCUGAUGUUAUAGUUGACUGCUCUUUUCUGUAUCGUAUUUGUUUUGUCAAAAAUUAUAUAAUGUAUUUAUUAAAGCGUUUCAAUAUCGAUAGCAUAAAUU